CGGGUGUUGCUCCCAGGGCAUUGUUUAGUUCUUCUCAGCUUCUUGUCUCCAGGUUCCAGAGAAUUUACCAUCUCCUCCCUCGCGCAUCUUCCUCAUAUCUCCAACACCUCCUCUUCAACCACCAAAACACCUAUCUAUACCAUCCCCUCUUUCCUCCUCAACCACAAUCAUGGCUCCCGGAGCCGGAAAGAGUGUCUUCCUGGGGAAUAUCCCCUAUAACCUCACGGAAGAACAAGUCAAAGACAUCCUCAGCUCCGCCGGCACAGUAACCAAGUUCCGCCUGAUGAUGAACCCCGAGACUGGUAAACCCAAAGGUUACGGUUUCGCCGACUUCGCCGACGCCGAUGCGGCCGCCUCCGCUGUCCGCAACCUGAACGACUACGAGAUCAUGGGCCGUAAGAUUCGGGUCGACUGGCCACACAACAAUGAAAAGGACUCCAUACCCCCCGACUACUCCCAGCUCUCUGCACCCGCUGUCCAAGACGGCUCCCAACAGCAACAACAGCAACAGUCCGCGCCUCUCCCUCCUCUGCCCCCGGGUGUCGAAGUUCCUCCGCAUCUCGAUUGCCCCAACGCCAUCUCUCAGACACUCGCUUCCCUGCCCCCGAACCAGCUCCUCGAUGUCCUCUCCCAGAUGAAGUCGCUUGUUAUGGCGGAUCCCGCCAGAGCGACAGAACUGCUACGCCAAGCCCCUCAGCUCGCCUACGCAAUUUUCCAAGCCUUGCUGCUCAUGAACCUGGUCGAUUAUGGUGCCCUCGGCUCGGUGGUGGAACAAGCAAGCCAACCUAGUGCACCUGCGCCCCCUCCUGCCGCCGCGCAAGCCUUCCAGCCCUUCUCCGCUGUACCGGGACCGGUGUCUACGCCUCCAAUGGUCAAUACUCCUUUCGCUGCCGCUGCACCGCCGCAACAACCUCCGCAGGCUAUGCCAGGACAGGAAGAGCUUCUACAGCAAGUCCUCAGUAUGCCGCAGGCUGCGAUCGAUGCGCUCCCACCCAUGGAGCGCAGCCAGAUCAUGCUCCUCCGGCAGCAGUUGAUGCAGGGUGCUAUGCGGUGAUUGGGCAAUACCUCAUAUCUACCCCUCUGAAUCUAUCUUAUACCCCCUCCCUCUCCCUCCUAUCCCCUAAAUGAGGAACAAAAAGGAACCGGGCGCAAAACAGCAUCAGGCAGCACCUCUGAUGCAGGAUGUCUCGGAACGAACAACCUACUUUGUUCUACAAUCCUCAUUAUCUCUCCAUCUUGAUGUUAGCAACGUCAUGGCUUUCAUUGAUUGACUGAUUGAUCAACAACCGGAACCGGGUGUGAGUUUUGGCGCAAUACGGGCAUGUUGGUGGGGUUUCAAAUUGCGGGUUCUUUAUUUUUCUUCUACUGAAGUUGCGAGACACGGGCUGAGAUUUCCCUCUCUCUUUUUCCUUACUCGCGAAGUUCCGGAAUGUACAUGAUAGUAUAGCAGC